AUGAAAGAACAGGAUUGGACGAAUCUGGCGUUUGGUUAUAUGAAGACAGAUUACAAUGUGAGAAUUUAUUACCGUAACGGCGAGUGGGGCGAAACAGAAGUGUGCAGCGAAGAAACGAUUCCAAUGCACAUGGCGGCCACUUGUCUGCACUACGGCCAGGAAGCGUUUGAAGGUCUGAAGGCCUUUCGUGGGAAAGACUUGAGAGUGCGUGUUUUCCGCUUGGAAGAGAAUGCAUUGCGUUUACAGUCUACGUGCCGAGGUAUUUUGAUGCCGGAGUUGUCCACAGAGCGUUUUCGUGAAGCGGUGCUGAAGGCGGUGAAGUUGAACGAACGGUUUAUUCCGCCGUAUGAGUCAGGGGCGUCCCUCUACAUUCGUCCAUUGUUGGUCGGUACGGGCGCACAAGUGGGUGUGCAUCCUGCGAGAGAGUAUUUGUUCAUAACCUUCGUUACGCCCGUAGGUCCAUACUACAAGGGAGGGUUCUCCGCUAACUCCUACGCCAUUAUCCGGGAAUACGAUCGUUCCGCACCACUCGGUACGGGCGUCUACAAGGUGGGCGGAAACUACGCAGCCAGUCUACGGGCCAGCAAGAAAGCACACGAUUUGGGCUAUGCGAGUGAGUUCUACUUGGAUGCGAAAGAAAAAAAAUACAUCGACGAAUGUGGCGCCGCCAACUUCUUCGGCAUCAAAGACAACACCUAUAUCACCCCGCUUUCCGCCUCCAUCUUGCCCUCUAUCACCAACAAGAGUUUGAUGCAAUUGGCCCAAGAUAUGGGCAUGAAGGUGGAGCGCCGUCCUGUCCCCAAAGAGGAACUCCAGACUUUCGAAGAGGCCGGAGCUUGCGGCACAGCCGCCGUAAUCAGCCCCAUCGAACGCAUUGAUGACCUGGAGAAGGGCACGUCCUACGUCAUAGCCAAAGACGGCAAGCCGGGACCUGUCUGUACGAAGCUUUAUAACAUGUUGCGUGCCAUCCAGUACGGCGACGAACCGGACAAACAUGGCUGGGUGACGAUCGUCAAUUAA